AUGCCUCCGACAGAAUACCCACCACCGACCGAAAACGAAUUGGACCUAAUCGCAGUGUACCGACAAAAGUUUCCGUUUGAAGACAGAGAAGAUCCAAAUCAUCCAUUCUUCAACGAUCCCAACGAUGAUCUCCAGGACUCUGAGCUCAAGCACGAAAUCGUUAUGAGGUUCCUUCGACAAGUCAGGGAGAGCAGGUGGAAGGUUAACCAUGAGCUCUAUGAUGAAGCCAAGGGAGUAUCUGAGUUCGUACUUAGGAAAAUCAAUGCCAACUCCAAGACAAUGGGUGUAAGGUACCAAUUUGUUGAUGUUGAGAAGGUUGUUGAGACCAUCAAUUUCCUGAUGCUCUUGACCUUUACCGCUAAGGAAGUUGUGGACGACUCUGAUGCCGCCGAUGAUGAUGCUGCCGCCGUGAGAGCUUUUCAGGCCAUGGUGUAUGUGCCGGUAAACGGCGUCGACGAACUCGAACUUUUGGAAUGGAGGUUGAAACCUGUUCUCGUCUCUACACAGCUUGCUGCUGAUGAAUCCAUGAAGGACUGA